AUGAAGUCCGGAAUGGAACAUGUCUUUCUAGCUGAAUUAAAGGAUGGCGUGUCUGGUUUUCAUAAUUGGGUAUUUUUUGCUAAGCAAGAAGAAGCUGGACUACUCAAUUGCGCGGGAUGGAUGAAGUUCUUGGACAUGGGAACUCCAGGAGCACUAAUCCAACACAAGUUUGUGUGGUGUAGUGCUUGCAAACCGAUUAGUUCCAUGUUUAUCGGAACUUCGCCGGAAUUCGAGUUAGCUGUGUAUUCAGCUUGUUUGCUUGUCCGACCUGGUUCCACUACUUGUCCGAUGUUGUUUGAUACCAAUCCUGUUAAAGUUACCACAUACACGAUUGGUUCUUCGAGUCAGUAUGUAGCAUCAUCAUACGCCGACCCAGUGCUGCCAUAA